AGAUUCUACGUCCCUGGGGCCUUGGUGACUUUGAGCCCUACGGAUCGGGGGCAUCUCCCAGCGAGGUUGACUCUCUGCGAAGUGGAAAUACUUGUACUCACCCGCGGCUAUGGGGAGCAUCCGUGGCCUGUACCUAGCAGCGGAUGAAGAAACUGAAGAAAAUGGCGGAAACUGUCUGAGGUUACAUGAGAGACAAGUUUUACCUUCUUUCAGCCUAGCCAGAAAAGGAGGUUUGAAGAUGACAAGAGGAUUUUGUUCAAAACCACAAGAAUCAAAAGCAUCAUCUCAGCGUGCAGAUAUUUAUAAAACUAGAGUGCCAUUACAUAAGCCCACUCCCUGGGAAAAGAAGAUAAUGGUCUGGUCAGGCCGUUUCAAAAAAGAAGAUGAAAUUCCAGAGACAAUCUCGUUUGAGAUGCUUGAUGCUGCCAAAAACAGGUUUCGAGUCAGGGUCAGCUACCUCAUGAUUGCCCUCACAAUCCUGGGAUGUGUGAUUAUGGUUAUUCAGGGAAAACAGGCUGUCAAAAGACAUGAGACCCUGACGAGUCUGAACUUAGAAAGGAAAGCUCUUUUGAGAAAGCAAGAAGAAGAGGCCAUCAAGUCCAAAACUGAUUAGAGUUACAGACAUGAAGAGUUUAGAUGGUAUUUAAAACUCAGUAACAGCAUUGUAGCAGGCACUUGCCCUCUCUAGCAGAGGAUGUAAAGUGGGAAAAUUGUGUGACAGUGUGAUUUGCACCAAUGCUCUUUGACUGUAUUCUGUAGCAGCACCAAUAAACUAUCUGGACACAA